AUGCCCGCCGCCGGCUUGAAAACGAUCAUCGCCCUCUCCUUCGUCCUCGCCGUGGGAUUCCUCCUGGUGAUUCUCUCGUGCGCACUAUGGAAGGUCUACUACCCGCUGCUGGUCGUCGCGACCUACGUGAUCGCGCCGCUGCCCAACUGGAUCUGCGGCCGGUGCGCCAACCCCGACGACUUUGUCGAGAGCUCUGGCGCUGGCGUGAUGGACCUCGGACGUUUCUGCACAGGAUUCUUGGUCGUCAUGGGAAUAGCACUCCCCGUCGUCCUCGCACACUCGAACCUCAUUUCCGUCGGUGCUAUGGUCAUGUCCGUUGCUGGUGGUCUUCUCAUCUACGGCACAAUCAUCUCGUUCGGCAUGUUCUUCCAGGAGGAGUCGGAAUUCUAG